AUGGCCAACCCAGUCUAUCGAGAUAUUACUGGUGAGCAGUGUAAAACUAAUUCUUAUGCCAAAUUGGUACCAGGUCAGACAAUUGUUGAAAUACCUGAGUACGUUUUAGAAUGCGGAGAGACAUUGCGGAACUUUCCAGUAGCCUACAAGACUUGGGGUCGCUUAAAUAAAGACCAAGACAAUGCUUUUGUGAUAUGUCAUGCCUUGACUGGAUCCUCUGAUGUUCAGGAUUGGUGGGGACCAUUAUUGGGGACUGGGAAAACUUUUGAUCCAAGUCGAUUUUUCAUCAUUUGCAUUAAUUUCUUGGGCUCUCCCUAUGGGUCAUGCUCACCUGUGUCGAUAGACAAGUCUACUGGUAAACCUUAUGGGCCAUCUUUCCCAUUAGUGACGGCCAAAGAUGAUUUGGGUAUCCAGAAAAUGAUCUUAGACUCGUUAGGCGUUAAGGGAAUAGCAUGUGUGAUUGGAGGAUCUAUGGGUGGAAUGAUAGCUCUUGAAUACUCAGCAGCUUUCAAUGAUACCGGCUAUGUGAAAACAGUCAUUGCUCUUGCGACGGCUGCAAGAGCUUCUGCCUGGUGUAUUUCAUGGAAUGAGACUCAGCGCCAAUGCAUAUUCAGUGAUCCUUACUACGACGAUGGAUACUACUAUGAGAGUGAGCUGGGUCAUAAACCUGAUAGUGGACUCAGUGCAGCAAGAAUGGCAGCGCUUCUCACUUAUAGAUCAAGAAACUCGUUCGAAACAAGAUUUGGACGGAAAUUGCCCACGAAUAAGAUUCUGGAAGAUGCCCAACAAGAUGGUGUCAGGUUUCCUAAAAAUAAAGACGAAGAAAAAUGGCUCUUGCACAACGAAGGCUCACGGUUCCAAGAUGGCUCGCGUGAUAGCUCUGCUCUGAAUUCCAGUGCAAAACUCCAGACUUAUUUCACAGCACAGUCAUAUUUGCGAUACCAAGGAAACAAAUUCAUCAAACGUUUCGACGCAAAUUGCUAUAUAUCAAUCACCAGGAAACUCGAUACGCACGAUAUCACCAGAGGAAGAAUUCUGGAAUCUGAUGAAGACCCUUUGCCCCAUUAUUUGUCCACAUUGACAAGUCCUCACUUAAUCAUUGGAAUUGAGUCCGAUGGUCUUUUCACGUAUGGAGAACAACAACUUUUGGGACAGCAUAUACCGCAGUCUCAAUUGGAAAAAUUAGACUCCCCAGAGGGCCAUGAUGCUUUUUUGCUUGAAUUCGAGGUUAUCGAUAAAUAUUGCACACAAUUUUUACAACUGAAGUUACCCGAGUACUUUGAUGCGAACUCUGGUAAAGUUGAGGUGUUCGAAAACUGGAGUGAUUAUGUGGCAUCCACUGACAAUGGAGGCAAUUCAGUAUUUGGAGAGGCGGAGAAAAAUAUUACGAAUUGGUGA